AUGUUCGGUGCCUCCCAAAGAGUGGCUACAUGUUUCAUGGAUCGUGGGUUCCCAGCGAAAGCUCUGGAUUUCCUAUUGAGUCCUGAACAGGACAUUUUGUCACGUCGUGGCUGGUACCUUUAUCUGGAUCAUCUGUUGAUGAUGACUUUUGGCCAACUCAUAGUGUGCGGCCCUCCCUGCAGCCUUUACGUGUGGAUCUCUCGUGGGACCCAUCAACGUUCCACGCAUGGCCACAGCAUUUUGGGCGAUGUUAGCUUGCUUAGCGUUCGCAUGUCUAACGCCAUAGUGCACAAUUUCGCUUGGCUCCUGAAAAAGAUCUACCGCGUGCGGCCCUUGUACUGGGUUGUAGAACAACCUACUUCCAGCCAGAUGUUUUCCCAUCCUUCGCUGAAGCCCGCAUUGAAAUUGUGGAAGUUCAGCCUUGUCACCACUUGGCUUGGAUGCUUCGGCCAUAUCCUUUGGAAGGGCACAAAGUUGGCCACGAACCUCCAAGGUGGAGCGAAGCUGAAGAGAAAGAUGACGGCUGCGCAAAAGAAGGCCAUUGCGCAGCGAAAGAAGAAGGAGAUUGAGGCGGCUAAGGUGGCUGGUAAGAAACAGCCAUGCUAUUACAGGAAGGAUGCAGAUGGUCGCGUAACCGGUGGAAGAGAUUUAGCUUCCACGGCAAAAUAUCCUGUGCAAUUCUGCGCCCGCAUUUUCGCAUUGUGGUACGUAGAGUUUGACAAGAUGUCCUCCAAAGACUGGCAUCCUUGA